CAAGAGUUGAUCAGUUUGGCGAAGCAGUGUGACCUGCCAACCAAAAAGGUAGAGAGGUGGUUCCGAUAUCGGCGGAACCAGGACCGACCCAGUCUGUCUAAAAAGUUUUGUGAGGCCAGCUGGAGGUUUACAUUUUACACAGUUUCUUUCUUCACCGGACUUACUGUCCUACAUGAUAAGCCCUGGUUUUGGGAUCAUAGAGAAUGCUGGACAGGGUACCCACAACAGCCCUUACUGCCCUCUCUGUUCUGGUACUACAUGCUGGAGCUUUCCUUCUACUGCUCUCUGGUCUUCACCCUGCCCUUUGAUGUGAAGAGAAAGGACUUUUAUGAGCAGAUCAUCCAUCAUGCAGCAACUAUUUUUCUGAUCAGUUUCUCCUACUGUGCCAAUUACAUCCGCAUUGGGACUCUGGUGAUGGUGAUCCAUGAUGCUUCAGAUUGCAUCUUAGAGCCAACUAAGAUAGUCAACUACAUGAAGUGGAAAAGAGUUUGUGAUGGUCUCUUCAUCACCUUCUCAGCUGUUUUCCUCAUCACACGCCUGGUUGUUUUCCCCUACAAGGUGCUCUACAACACAUACUACUACUCCAUGGAGCUAUUCCAGCCCUUCUUUGGAUAUUAUUUCAUGAAUGCUCUCCUGAUGAUACUGCAGCUGCUCCACGUCUUCUGGUCCUGUUUAAUCAUUCACAUGGUCUACAAAUUCAUCCUCGUUGGCACGAUGGAAAAGGAUAUGAGAAGUGACACCGAGGAAAGUGACAAGGGUGAAGAGGAGAAAGAACAGAUGAGGGAGAAUGAGAAAAAUGGGAUGGUACAUUUUAACAACAUCACAAACAACAAUUGUAUCCAAAGUAAUGGAGCCCAGCAGCGAAAUACCAAAACCCCUUUUUUAGUCAAUGGCUAUGCCAAAGAAAGAUAGCAUGGGCUAAACUUCCUGCUGAUCCUGCCUAUAUCAAAUUCAGGCCACUGUCCUAUGUUGCUCAUUAUUUGGACAUAAAGGGAUAUGAUUUUAAUUUCAUAGUUACGUUUCUACUUCCCACGAACCAAAAUUGCAUAUUGCCGCUAGAGAUGCAAAGGUUGCUUUUGUUCUGCUAUCCAAAAAAAUGUAUUUUAUAUGUUGUAGUUUUGAAAAAGAAAGGGAUAGAAGGGAUCAAAGAGACUUGGUUUUAACAAGUUUUUUUAUUAUCUGUGUUUAUCUUGAACAAUACUUUGAGCAACUGAUAAAACCCCAGAAAUUGUAACUUGCAGUCUUAACUGAGUAGUAGUGUUUGGCAGGAAUCUGUUAAUCCUAAAGAGUACAUUCAUGGAAAUACAGGCAUAGAACUACUGAUGAUUAGAAAUAGAAAAUAAAUGCUUCAUGUUUUGAGCAGGAAAAGGUCCCCUACUAAGCCGUAAGUAUGAAUGAAAGUCAAGGAGACUAGCUAAAAGGAAGCUGGAGAAGUCUCCACCUUCCUGGAGAAAGGUGGAUGUGUCCCACAGCAACAGUGUCGUUACUGGAGGGAUCCUAGUUCUCCCUAGGUAUGAGAUUUUCAGGUCUGUUCACUUUGUUCCAUGAAUGGGAUUAUAAGACUGAGAUAGGAUCUGGAGCCCAAGCACUCAGCACCCUAUUUAGAUCACAGUUUAGAUAAACAGGAUUGCCAACAGUCAGCACUCCCCUUUCAACCCAUUUCUCAAAUCAGUAUUAUGUUAGAGACAGGAGGGAACAAGAAAAUAGACAUUUCAGGAGACUGCCGCGUUUGUGGAGACCUGGAGCGUAGCAGGUGCCAGGCCUCAGCAGUGGCCGCAAUGCUCCCUGGUGGCCACAUAGUACCUGCCCCACUUUGGCUUUACAGGUACCCUUCCCUUUUCUCCCUCCUGCCACACCUUGAUGUAAUUGGUUAAUUUAUAAAAAGGGAGGAGGUUGCCUAAUAGUCCUCAAAUGAGCCUUUGUCAGUCUUCCAGCUGGCAGGUCCUUCCUGGACCCCACUGGUCUCAGUCUUGCCCCUCAAGUGCAAAGUGAACCUUCCUGGCCCAUCUGUGCCCUCUGGACACUAAUAGCCUAAAGGCUAAUUUUGUGGUCUCCAACCUCCCCUGUAGGCACAUCCAUGCCUUGCAGAUGUUACCAUCCAAUCAAUCUCCCCUGUAAGGACCUUGGCCUUCUCAUCCUCCGUCCCUUUCUUGCUGGGCCUACUAGCUCAGGCCCAUUGUGCUGGACCUGGCUUCUGGGCUCCAGCCUCCACCCUACUCCUAGGCAGUGAACCUGCUGUGGCUUUGUCUCCAUCCUGCACCUGGGCAUCACGUCUACUUUUCCCUGCCCCUGGGCUCUGUCUGCCCUGCUUCCGGGCUCUGCUAGGACCUCCACCAUCUCUUAGUCCCAACCCAAACUACCAAUAUAAAAUUUUAACAAAGGAAUAAGCCCUCAAGCUAUAACCUAAGCUCCUAACUAGAUCUGGAAAUAAAGGCCAGUUCAUUGGCUAUCCUACAAAGCUCCCCGCUGCCCUUGGUCACAUUCCCUUGCAAGUCAGUAGCAUUGUACUUGCAUUACUCCUAGAGUAGCCCAGAUAUCAGCUGAGAGCAUCUCUGCAGCUCUCCUGCCCAAGAGCUCUUUCCUCAGCAGCCUUCAGCAUCAGGCUGCCCUGACCUGGCUCAGGCUCUAAGCUUAUAUGCUCCCAUCAGCCCUUCCCCUCUCUAGUUAGAAGACUUGCCUGGGCUGGCUGCAGGUAUGCUCCUUUAUCUUGUUGGGCUGCUCAUUGCCUAGGCAACAACAUUUCCUUGCUGCCUGCUUUCUCACAGUUGGCUUCUGUUUAGAUGCUUGGGCUCUAGCUGCUGCAGUCUUUCUCUUAAACUAAUAGGGCCCCUAAGCUCCCUGUUACAUAGAGGUCUCACCUCCCUGAGGGUAUUGCUAUGGGAAUCGAGCUUUUAUGAAACAUGCAUUGUCCUUUCUCCACAGAAAGGGGACAGGGCAGCUGCUGAAUCUUAUGGACUGAUGCUUUAAUUCACUAUUGUGGUUCCAGGACUCUGCUGUCUAGUUUACACUCAAGAGCAGAAAAGAUUGAAGCAUUUUUCCAUGAAGUCAUGAUGCAACUGUGUUAGUUCCCUUUACAUGUCUUGUACAUUUGCUUGAUUUUUAUGUACUAUAUAUAUUUUAGUGACUGGAGAUAAUAAAGCCAUUAAAGAGAGAAAA